AUGGUUGCGUUUCUCCAACUUCUUACAUUCGCCGUGGCAGUCGUCGCAGCUCCGGCUGAGGUUUCCCUCGACGUCGGCCUCGGUGGAAAGAACUGCGAUGGCAAGUUCGCCAGAACUCGCCCUUCUUCCAACUCGCUGGUCGUCGAUGCUUCCGGCAAGCAACCUAACAGCUACCCCACGCUUAACAGCGCCGUCGCCGCACUGAAGAACGUCACCGACGAUCAGAGCAUCUUCAUCAUGCCCGGCACCUACACCGAGCAGGUCCGCAUCCCCAACUACCUCGGCAACCUCGUCAUCCAAGGAUACACUUGCGACUCCCGCGACUACGCCGAUAAUCAGGCCACCCUCACAAACAACCUCUCCCGCACCAUGGCCAACCUCACUAGCAACGACCAGACCGCCACUCUCCGCCUCUGGGGAGAUAACAUCAAGAUUUACAACCUCAACAUUGCCAACACUUUUGGCCAGGCCGACAAGAAUGGCAUGGCGCUGGCUGUCAGCGCACAGAAGACCAACCUCGGCUUCUAUGCUUGCAAGAUUACCGGAUACCAGGACACCGUCUACGCCAACGAGGGUAGACAGAUCUACGCAAAGACCCUCAUCAACGGCGCCGUCGACUUCAUCUUUGGUCUGCGCGCCGCAGCCUGGUUCGAGAAGUGCGACAUUCAGACCAUCGGAAAAGGCUAUAUCACCGCCAACGGUCGCGAUGCAGCCAACAACACUUCUUUCUACGUCUUCAACAAGGCCAACAUCACUGGCACCAGCGGAACUGCCUCCGUCACCCUCGGUCGUCCGUGGAGACCGUUCUCCCGCGUCGUCUUCCAGCACAGCGAGAUGAGCGAUGUCGUUGCGCCGAUUGGCUGGUCUAUCUGGGACAAGACGCAGAGCACGGCCAAUGUCUACUUCAAGGAGUUUGAGAACACGGGUCCCGGUGCGGCAGGUGUUAGGGCUAACUUCAGCUCCACGCUUACCAAGGCUGUUCAGGAUGUCGAACUUCUCGGCGAGGGAUUCAAGAAGGAGUGGUGGGUUGACGCUUCGUAUCUGUGA